CCCUCUUUAUGCGAUACGAUUGCGCAGAACUUGCUCUUUUCCACGUGUGAAUUCGAUAUCUCCGCCGGUUGGAAGGCUUCGUGCUUUUUCUUGUGAAAAUGGCUGCCAUACGAAGAUUCAAGCCUCUUUUUGACAGGAUUUUGGUUGAAAAGUUCCUUCCAGAAGUGAAAACCAAGGGGGGUGUGCUUCUUCCAGAGAAAGGCGUUGGAUCAGUAUUAGAAGGAACAGUAGUAGCUGUGGGGCCUGGAGCCAGGGAUAAGAGUGGAAACGUCGUUCCUGUGAGUGUGAAGGUUGGCGACAAAGUUUUGCUGCCAGAAUAUGGUGGAACAAAAGUGACUAUGGAAGAGAAGGUAUCAAUGAUCAUUUGAGCAGCUGUCCUGUAU